AUGCAUCAAUUGCCGUGUCAGUCACGUCGGCAGACAAAGAAUCCUGACGCUGCAGACCCCGUCACGCCUCUGUCACGGGCGCCAUCUUCCCCUUGUGCUCGAUCUCAGCCCGACAACCUUAUGGCAUCACCUUCUCGUAGAUCCAUCGUCGGGAGCUCCGACGCCGAAGCUCAAUUCGUGCCUUCAGGCACUGGAACUACGUACGCCGCCAAUCAAAUGGCUUCUACCACCCCAGUAGAUUAUCCGGUGAUCAUGGCCAAUGAACAAGAUGUGUCUAUUUCCAGUCUUGCCUACUUCUCUAACAGCAAGUUGAUCGCGUUGUCGAGACGAAUCGGUACUACCCAAGUCGCAGAUCUAUUAGCAAAAGUCGAGGCAGCUGUUAAAUCAACUACACGAAGUCCCGGUGGAGUGAGUCCGUACCCGAAUAACUUGGAAAAGGAGGCUCGGUCUGUAACCUUAUCCCAACAGUGUAGACUGGAUUACAUUCAGUCAUACUUUGAUCAAGUGCACCCACUCUAUCCAUUCCUUGACCGCGCCUCUUUCGAAAAUAGGGCGCGCUCAUCACGGGUCGGGGAUAUUGGAUCUGUGGACCCUGCUUGGUGCGCUUUGUACCACGCCGUCCUUGGCCUUGGCAGUCUGUAUCAUGAGUGCGGUAGUUUCGAUGCCUUCUCAGGUACUGCUUGGGAUAUCUUCCGAGUCUCGCUUGAUUUCUUUCCUCGAAUUGUUUUUGGCCAAAUAAAUUUAGCCACAGUCCAGGCGAUGGCUGCUAUGGCUAUCUUUAGUGUUACCUAUGAAGCCCUUCCUAUUGAGGGUGUCUUAAUCAGUGAGGCUGCAAGGAUUGUCAGCCAUUUCCAAAUAACCAAGGCUGAGGCAUGUAAGACGAACCAAGAGUUUCAGAGAACCUUUUGGGUCAUCUACUCACUGGAGAGCGAAUACUGUCUGAAUACAGGCCGAUCAUCGAUAAUACCGAGCCACGACAUAUCAUGCCCCAUUCCUCAGACAAACUUGCCGUUCUUGUCAGGCUUUAACUGGCUUCAGUGUAAGGCAAAACAUGCCCAGAUGGCCUCAGAUAUAUAUCAACGACUAUUUUCGGUCAAGGCCAGGUCAUCUUCUCAGGCUUUGCGUCGGCGAGAGGCGAGCCGUUGCUUGGAAGAACUAGAAGCUUGGAGACUAUCGGUUCCAGAGAGCUUCCGUCCCGGGCUUCGACUCCGAUCUCAUCGGCUUGGGCAGCCACAAGCGGUUUAUUUAGCAGUUCAGAUUCACUUUUCUUACUACAACGUGCGCAUUGCCCUUGCGCGUGUCUGUCUCCUUGCGUGGGCCCAAGAUUCCGAAGAGCAAACGCGCUACACGUUACUUCUCACCGAGUCUGCAAGAUCUAUUACAGACCUGGUGCACUUUAUAGACCUUGAGCCAUUCGUCCUGCCAUGGGUACAAUAUAACAUGCCGCAGGCUGCGCUAUUUGUCUUGUUUGACUUUGUAAUUGAACAUCCCUGUCACGAAGAAACGAGAAAGAACCUGUUGUAUAUGCAAAUAGCCACAUCGUACUUCAUGCGGCUGCAAUGUGUAACCGGAAAUACGGUCUUUGGUACAAUUUUAGCUCAGUUCCUACAAAUAGCUACCAGGUUUGUGGAAUGUACAUGCACCUCAAGCAUAACUCAGCCAGAGGUUUCGGCAAAUCCACGAGGCUCGGAACUAUGGCAGAGUCGAGACAGCGGUAUAGGAACGAUUGAUUUUGAGGAGUCACUUGGCUUUCAGGGCCUCCAAUUUCCCAUGCACAAUGGUUUUGAGUUUCAAGAUAUGGAUUUUUGGCUGACGGAAAGCGGUGUUUUGUCUUUUCUAGAAUCAAGCGGGGAUUUUGGUUUGCCAAACCCGGAGUCCGAGGGGCCCCCUGGUUAUAAAAGUGUUGAAAUGGCUCUUUCCGACUUCAAAAGCUCGCCGUUGGUAUCAGUUACCCUGCAGAGUGCUGUCCUGGCAGCAUCUUCCAAUUUGUUAGCACAGGUGCUGAUGGCAUACCGUCUCGGUAAACCCAUCUCGGUAGAGUGGAUGCCCGUAUCACAAUUCAUUAUAUGGACAGCCAUAUCUACGCCUCCGAAUUACCUAUGGCAGGAUUAUCUUGAGACCAAGUUCCCUAGCUAUAACUCGAGGCAAAAGGAUGUUUCAAAGAGGCACGGGAAAGCUGCCAACGAUAGGCUAAGCGUGCCCAACACACUUGUCAAAACCAUAUUGGACCAGACCAUUGGGGCAGUUGUCAACACCUUUCUCCUGUGUGCCUUUAUAAACUUUACGAAAUCAGCGGUGGUACCUUCAGUUUCUUCGGGGUCUAAAUUUGACUACACACGCAUUGACUGGUUAUUCAUCCUGAACAAGGCGCACGAGGAUUUCUAUCCUCUCCUCGUUGCGGGUUGGAAGCUGUGGCCGGCUUGCCAUGGCGAUGAGAAGAUGUCGUACUAA